AUGAACAUGCUAUCUUCCAGUAAUAUGGUGCGAACUAGCAUUCUUCGACCCAUCAGGCUGGUCACUCAACACACAACAUUCCUACGUAAAGGUGCAGCAUAUGCCACUGCAGUAUACACAAUACCUACCGAGCAGUGGGCACAGGUUCUGGAAAAGACUGGGGGAGCUGUUCAGUAUAAAAAGAUCCCAGUUCCUACACCUGGAUCAGAUGAGGUUUUGAUCAACAUCAAGUACAGUGGUGUUUGUCAUACGGAUCUUCAUGCGGUCAACGGCGACUGGCCCCUUGCUUCCAAGAUUCCUCUAGUCGGGGGUCAUGAAGGUGCAGGCGUGGUAGUAGCGCGAGGAGAACUCGUCAAAGACGUCGAAAUAGGUGACCAUGUAGGUCUUAAGUGGCUUCAUGGAUCAUGCAUGAGCUGUGAACAAUGUCGCCAGUCUAACGAAUCUCUUUGUUCCCACGCUUCACUGUCUGGCUACACAGUCGACGGCUCGUUCCAGCAAUAUGCCGUCGGCAAAGCAGCUCAUGUGGCGCGUAUUCCCAAAGACUGCGAUCUCGCUGGAGUAGCACCUAUCUUGUGUGCUGGAUUAACUGUUUACAAAGCACUCAAGUCCUCCAACGUUCGUCCAGGACAAAGUAUAGUCAUUGCUGGCGCAGGCGGAGGUCUUGGUGUUUUUGCAAUCCAGUAUGCCAAGGCUAUGGGGCUGCGUGUAACAGCCCUAGAUGGUGGUGAAGAGAAGCGCAAGCUUUGUACUGAACUUGGAGCUGAUACUUUUGUUGACUUCAAAACCUCUUCGGAUAUCGUAGGGGAGAUCAAAGGUGCCACUGGGGGUUCAGGUCCAGAUGCAGUUCUACUUUUGGCAGCGAGUGAGAAGCCUUUCCAGCAGGCUAGUCAAUAUGUCAAGAGCAAAGGCACGAUUGUCUGUGUUGGAUUACCAGCAAAUGCUUUUGUGAAGGCCCCUGUGUUCGACACAGUUGUUCGGGAAAUCAAUAUCAAAGGAAGUUACGUGGGAAACCGCCAAGAUACCGCUGAGGCCAUCGAGUUUUACAGACAAGGUCUGAUCAAGGCGCCGUACAAGUAG